UGGCUGGGGACUAUGGCACAGGAUUUAUGGUGACCACUUGUUGUUAGAAAAAGCACUUUCUCAAGGAAGAACAAGGCCUUUCCACCACGAGUUCUGAGCGUCAGGUCUGCGCCCCUCACCCCCACGAUGGGACUGCCAGCCUCCCACUCACCCUCCAGCAGUGGCGCACUGACUGGGUGUGGCCCACAGGGCUCAGUGGUCCCAGGGCGUGGCUCCCAUGGCUGCAGCCAGUGUGACCCCUCCCGGCACCCUGGAUGCACUGCAGUUUGGCUUCGAAAAGACCAUCCUGGGGACCAAGCUGGAGGACAAGUACCUGUGCUCCGCCUGCAAGAACGUCCUGCGCAGGCCCUUCCAGGCGCAGUGCGGCCACCGCUACUGCUCCUCCUGCCUGAGCAGCAUCCUCAGCUCCGGGCCCCGGGACUGCGCUGCCUGUGUGCACGAGGGUGUGUACGAAGAGGGCGUCUCGAUUUUAGAGAGCGGCUCGGUACGUGGAGUCUCGCGGCUGAAACGCUGACCAGAAAGCGUGUCGCCUUUCCUUUAACACCAAGGGCUUUCCCGGACAACGCCGCCCGCAGGGAGGUGGAGAGCCUGCCAGCCGUCUGCCCCAGCGAGGGCUGCACCUGGAAGGGGACCCUCAAGGAGUACGAGAGCUGCCACGAAGGACACUGCCCCUUCCUGCUGACCGAGUGCCCGGCGUGCCGAGGCCCGGUGCGCCUGGGGGACAAGGAGCGGCACGCUGAGCAGGAGUGCCCGGAGAGGAGCCACGGCUGCCGGCACUGCAGGGCCCCCUGCUGUGGGGCCGACGUGAAGGCACACCACGAGAUCUGCCCCAAGUUCCCCCUGACGUGUGACGGCUGUGGCAAGAAGAAGAUCCCACGCGAGAAAUUUCAGGACCACGCCAGGGCGUGCGGCCGUGAGUGCCUGGCGCCCUGCCGGUUCCGUGAUGUCGGCUGCCCCGCAGUGGUGGAGGGCGAGGAGCAGCAGGAGCAUGAGGGCCAGUGGCUCCGUGAGCACCUGGCCAUGCUGCUGCGCGUCGUGGAGGCCAGGCCCCCGUCCCAGGGCCAGGGGGGCGGCCAGGAGGCUGGUGUGCUGGGCCCGGGGCUUCCUGCGGCCUCGGAGCUCCUGCACAGGUGCGAGGCCCUAGAGAGGAAGACGGCCACCUUCGAGAACAUCGUCUGCGUCUUGAACCGGGAGGUGGAGAGGGCGGCCAUGACGGUCGAGGCCUGCGGCCGGCAGCACCGGCUGGACCAGGGCCGGAUCGAAGCCCUGAGUAACAAGGUCCAGCAGCUAGAAAGGAGCAUUGGCCUGAAGGACCUGGCGAUGGCGGACCUGGAGCAGAAGGUCCGUGAGAUGGAGGCGUCCACCUUCGAUGGGGUGUUUAUCUGGAAAAUCUCAGACUUCGCCAGGAAGCGCCAGGAGGCCGUGGCCGGCCGAGUGCCUGCCAUCUUCUCCCCAGCCUUCUACACCAGCAGGUACGGCUACAAGAUGUGUCUGCGUUUGUACCUGAAUGGGGACGGCACAGGGCGGGGCACACACCUGUCGCUCUUCUUCGUGGUGAUGAAGGGCCCCAACGACGCUCUCCUGCGCUGGCCUUUCAACCAGAAGGUGACCCUGAUGCUGCUUGACCAGGACAACCGAGAGCACGUGAUUGACGCCUUCAAGCCCGACGUGACCUCGUCCUCCUUCCAGAGGCCCGUCGGCGACAUGAACAUCGCAAGCGGCUGCCCCCUCUUCUGCCCUGUCUCCAAGAUGGAGGCCAGGAAUUCCUACGUGCGCGACGAUGCCGUCUUCAUCAAGGCCAUCGUGGACCUGACGGGACUCUAGCCGCCUCCGCUGGGGCCAGGUAGCCUGGCCAGUGGCUCAGUGAGGAGCCCCGUGGGGGGCAGGAGCCACCUCCGGGGAGGGUGCCCAGCCCAGGUGGUGGCUGGGUCGUCCUGCGGGCCCGGGAGCGCCCUGCCGUGGGAACGGCCGAGCGAGGCGAGCAGAGGGCAGGUGGGCCGCACAGGGAGGACCCCUGGGGCCUGGUCCCACCCUUCCACCGGGGGAGCCGGGACAGCCUCGGGCCUGGCGUGGCUCCAAGGGGGCCUACUGCUGUAGCCUGACCUGGCCGGCGAGCAGGGCAGUGGCCCGCGUCCCUAGAGCGCCCAUCAGCUGUGCCUGUGGCGUGCGUGGGGUGCACAGUCGGGCCCCUGAGAGACGGGGCGGCUGGGCCAACAGGCCACACACAGCGAGGUCCUUAUUAAACCGUUGACGCUCUGUGGUAAGUGGUGUCCCACGGCCCCUACCUGCGUCUCCAGCUCUUGGGCAGCUCUGUUUCCUGACACCCCAGCUCACAGCUGUGGGCCUCGCGAGGCGGGUGUUUCUCAUGGAACGGUUUUUGCUGGCUGGCUCCUCCCUCGGCUUCCCAGAGGGCUGCCUGGGAACAGAACGUGGCUUCCUGUUCUGGGCCUGCGCCACCCUCUGUGCGGGGACCCUGGCUCUGGGAGAGCAGCCCACCGCUUCGCUGGUGCUUGGGCAUCUCUUGGCGGCAUUGUCCCCGAACCUGCUCCCCUGCACAGAGAAGAACAGGACUUCUCUGUACCGACCAGUUGUCUCCUCCACAGCCCAGGCCCCUGGGCUGCACCAGCCAUGGGUAGAGCUCGGUGGGCUUGGGUUAGGGCCUCUGCCCGUGGGGCGAAGGCAGGUGGCUGGCCCUGUUCCCAAGACUCGGGGUCUGAGGCCGGCUCUGGCUGCCCAGGGGCGUCGGCAAGACCCCAUGGCCCGGGCUGCCCUCACUGUCUCGUCUGCUUUGUGAAAUGGAUGAAAAGCACGGAGCAUGACGGAGUAAGCACACGUGUCUGUGUCCUGGAUGCCACGUGUGGCCGCACAGCUGAGGCCGUGUGCCCGGCUCGCAGGCAUGUCUGCAGCUCUCGGCUCCCCCUCACCGGUCGGCCUGCUCUGCAUCUCCUUCCCCUGCCUCCCUCCACAGAGGAGACCGGCGUGGCUGAGACUCGGUGGGGCUUGGGCUGCGCUGCCAGCAGCGAGCGUCCACACCUCCCGCACUCUGUCCGUUUGCCGAUCGGAAAGCGUGGACGAAUGUGGACACAAGUGUGGGACAGUCCACCUCCUGUGGACGGGGCUGUGGGCCAGUUAUUCGAGAAGCCCUACCAUCCCCGGGGCUGAAAACACCCUCGUGAUUUCUUCUGCUGCUGUGGAGUGUGGCUUUCGACACUGGGUUAGGCAUUCGAUUUGCAUCUGGGGGUGUGUGGUGUGGUGUGUGGUGUGGUGUGGUGUGUGUGUGUGUGUGUUUAUAUGCGUGGGGGUUCGUAACAGUUCAGUGAGAGUAGAAAGGCUCCAGUACCCGUCAGAGAGGGCAGGGCAGCGGCAGGAGGAAGGGGCGAGGGCCUGCGUGGGCUCCCUGCCUGACAGUGCAGGGUGCAGUGCAGGGCCAGCUGCAGAGGUGGUCUGUGCUAGGACCCCCGAGCGCAGCCCCUGCCCUCACCGACUGACUUGCACAGGGAAGCCGGGUCCUCCAGGGGGAGGCCCUGCAGGCAGGCCUGCCCGAGAGCUGCCUUGUGACCCUCAACUUUAGAACACACUCCGGCCCCUGGCAGUGACUGACCUGCUUGUCCGUGGGUUUGGCUGUUGUGGACAUUUAUGUGAGGCCUGUUUAGAUGGCACCCGCCACGAGUAUGAGAGGUAGACGUUUAUCGAAGACACAAGAGACACUGCUCACAGGACGAUGACAUCUCGGUCCCCUUACAAGCAGGCACCUUGGGACCUCACACAGUCCCCCCAGUCGCCGACAGCUGCCCUUCGUAUUUUCCUGAAUCUCAGUCCCCCCAGUCGCCGACAGCUGCCCUUCGUAUUUUCCUGAAUCUCAUCGAUGGUCUGAGAUCUCUUCUUCUCAAACAUGAUCUUAGUUUUGGGAAAAGGCAGAAGUUGCAGGACGCCAGAUCGGGGCUGUAGGGGCGCCGAGUCACCUGGGUGAUUUGAUGUUUUGCAAAAACUGCACGAGACAUGAUGCGUGAACGGGCAUGUUGUGACGAAGCUGCCGAUCACCAGGUGCCCACAGCUGCGGCCUCUGAGUCCCCUGAAUAGUUUCCGCAGAGCAACGUUCAAGCUCAAUGCAAAAUCUGAGGCAGAUUCGAUGCUCUCCUCACUCGCUUAUUUUGAACAUGACGGCCACACAGUGCACAUGCUCCCUCACUGGUGCCCGACACCCCCACUGACUAGAGCAGUGGAGUCGUCGUGGCUCAUGCAUGUGCAUUCCAGUCCACGCUCCUCGGCUGCCGGUCACAUCGGUGUCAUGCCAGCCGCUCUGGUGUGAGCAGGGGUGGGUUUUUCCCGGACAGACCUCGUGAAAGUGGAGUGUGCAGCGUGGCCUGCGCCCGCCUUCCCUGGCACAGGGUUUGGAGGCCACGUGGCAGGCGGCAGCAUGUCCUUCCUCUCGGGGCAGAGGGCACCGCGUCACGUGCACGGGUUGCUGUGUGUUCUUCCGUGAAGGGACUGUGAGGUGUCCCCCGUGUGGCCGCCGUGACCCUCCCGCCUGUGCCCAUGCUCUCUCAGGAGGAGCUGCCAGUUACUGUCCAGAGUGGCCGCACCCUGGACGCCCCUCGUGUUCCCCACCGUCUGGAAGGCCGCUCCCGCUCUUCAACACAAAGUCACCUUUAAACACCCAGGGAGGCCACAGCCUGCCCGUGCCGACUGUGCAGGUGACAGCACACCACGCACGCCUUGUCUUUGUGGGGGACACCAGCCUGCGUCUGCCUGUCCUCACUGCGCAGAGACAAAGGUACAGCUCCCCUGUCACCCAGCCCAUCACAGGCGAGGCGACAGCUGCAAAUUUGCUGCUGGUGCAGGUGAAACGCAUUUGCUCCUGAGCAGUGUUUACAGUUUAGUCCUGUGGUGGCGUGGGGUCAGGUCUCUCUGGGUGCAGCCUGGUGCCCGCAGCACCCUGACAGGCAGACGGUACAGCCUGCCGAAGGUCGGGGAGCCCACGGCUUUGGGCCUGCGCCCCAGGACAGAAUCACGCAGUGUGACACCUGAGGCCGGCCUCUGUCCCUCCACAGGACGCUUUGGAGUGCUGGGGGGCUGGGCAUGUCACAGGUCCCUGGCUCUGUUCAGUGGCACCCCGUGGGCCUGUGGACACCAGGCAUCAGGGUCUGAAUCAGCUGCUCUGAGCCCCUGGGUGCAGCCUUGUCCCAGGGAGCAGUGCCGUGUGGCCACACGGCCAGGGCAGCGCACUCCAGUCAGGGCGAGUCGGGGUUGCGGGCCCCACCCCGGGGGCACUUAAGGGGGGCAGCUGGUUGGGGUUUCUCGUCUUCUCUGCCUCCCCCUCUCUAAACUCAAAAAAGAAAAUAUUUAAAAAAUUAAAUCAAGAGAAACCGAAACCGUGUUUCAGAGCAGCUUCUUGGGCCCGAACGUGUCCCAACACAUAUGCUCACAUGCACACGCACGCAGGCGCACACACAAAGUCCUGCAGAACCCCACUCCCAGGCGGAGGUGUUGGCAGGUGGGCCUGUGAGGACUUGGAGAAUCUGCCACCUGAGCCAGGGCGUCCCCGCCCUGCCAGCCAGCACCUGCCCUUGGCCCCCCG